GAGGAGGAUGCGACGGUAUGGGCGCGGUAUUCUUCGGCGUACUUCGAGCAGGGAGCCAGUCGGCAAGCAUGCAACAAUCCUUAUGACAGAGGCGUAGAUGACGAGCAGGUCAAGGAAAUGCGGGCUAGCAACAUUUGGGAGAUCAAGCACAAGGACUUCAUGAAACUCAUCCAGCCAUCCUUCGCUUGCAUUGAUGAGGCAGAAGACAUGGACGCUAUCAUCGCACGCACUCACAUCAUCGUCAUCACAGACCAUGGAAUAUAUUGGAGACUUGCACAUCCGCAACAUCGAACUGUUCCGUUUGUGCAAUGGCCAGAGAACGAGCCUCACGAUCUCCUCAUCCCGUCGCAAAAAGACAUUUUCAGAAGCUACAAGAAGGAUCCUUUCAAACACACUCCCCCUCCAAGUUUUCAUGCCGAUAUGGUUUGGUCGCAAGAGGUGUUGCAGCGAUUGCUUCGCGGCGAGUCGAUCCCACGCACCAUAACCAUCCGACCAGGUAGAUCUUUGUUUGGAGACAUCGAACCUCAACGUGAACUUCGUCCAGAGCUCAUCGGGGAAAGUGAAACGGCAGUCCGAGUCAAGAAAGAGAAAGUUAGCAACGUGUUUCAAACAUUGAAACGAACAGGUCCAGUACUCAUCGAUUUGGAUUCGCCGAUACAGAAGCGGAUCCGCGCAGCAUGCACAUCACCCACAGCUACAUCCGCCAGUGCAGCAGCUCCAGCAAGCUCAUCCGCAGAACCCUCACACAGCACACAGGCAGCAUAUCCACCGCAAAAUCCAGACUUUUUACAGGCAUGCGAUGAAGAGCAUGAGCUUGCAGAAGUCAGAGAACCAGACUCUUUGGAAUUGCAGUUAGAGCACCUGAUAGACCAAGAAAAACCAGAAGACAUCCACAACGGAGGGGCGGGAGAUGACAUGGACAUCGCAGAAGAAUCCGAUGUGCAGUUCGUGCCCGUGAAGUCCAAGAGUGUGUUUAAAGACGGCAUGUACUUGUGUCACAAGCAAAAUCAUUUUACAGGUGUGCGAUCUCUUGAGGGCUAUGUGCGUCGUUUCGACAAUGAGACAGAGUAUGUUUGCAAUGUGUCCUAUUUGCAAACCUUAGCAGAUGAUUCUUCGACGACUUUGUUUCGACUCGUUCCACGAGAAGAGAAGUUCGUGCAUCGGCUUCGUGAUCUCUCGGGUGGUGCCGGCCAAGUUUUCAGUCGCAGUCGCCCAGCAGCACGUGAGCAGAGGAAGGUCCUCAUGUGUCCUUGUCAAACAUGCGUCAUUCCUGGGUGUAGUGGCAGUCUCAUCGAAAAAAAAGACAAGCAGCUGGAAGCAAUCUGUUACACCUUGUCCGGUCCUGUCGAAGUCAUUCACCAGUCCAAGCAAUGUACAGCACGAAAUUGUCGCGCAACCUGUGGAUACAACUUCCGGUGGGAGGAGGGCAAGAAAAUCAACGUGCUUAGCAUCAAGGAUUUCGCGGAUGGGAUGCUCUUUGUGAAUGCCAAGAAAGGUUUCUCAUUGCAGUACUUGCAGUAUCAUGAAGAACUCGCAUUUAGAGGUCAUUUGUCGACUCGCGCCAUCGAGCAUGCGUACAACGAAGUGUUCGGAGAUGAGGAAGAUCAGGUUGUGACAGCCUUCAGAAAACUGCACCAGACUGCGAUGUUCUACCACUUGGCAUUGCAAGAGUUUGAGGUUCUAGGACUACACAUGACGUUGGUACUCGACGAUGAGGUCACAGAUAAAGCGUUGGACAUCUACAGUGCGUAUUGUCAUGCUACUCUGUUUCCCCCCAGUUCGAGGUCAAAGGUGAAAUGUUUGGUAGGACGUCCUCGUAAGAACACUCAGCCCAUCGGCAAGCACAGCAACGGCUGGUUUAUGUGUUGUGACCCGACGAGUGGUCGCAUCGUCUCCCUCAUGGUCAUGCACGAACCGGAAUGCAACGAAUAUGUCACGAAGUCCUUGGAAUCGAUUACAUCGUCGAUUGGUUCCAUGCAUAUGGGCAUGCGAAAGAUUGCUAUUGAGAACAACACCGCAGUGUAUCUCCGCCCUAUCGCUCAUCCAGCCUCCGUGCGAUCCACACCAUAUGGGUGCAGCAAGAAGCAAGUGAAGAAGUCGAAAACCAAUGUGAAGAAGGUCAUAAGCCGUAAGACCAGCAAAGGAAAGUACAAUCGUGGCAUCAUGAAGCGUGUAAGCAUGAAGAAGUGA